UACUCGUACUACAUUACAACGCAAUAGUACAUUCAAGCUAGAGAUUUAUGAGUAUAGGAUUAUAAACCAUCCGUAACUUUGAAAAGCUAGAAGUGUAGGAAUUUAGAAAUUCAGAAAUUAGAAAAGCGGAAUGUGAGUGUUUUGUAUUAAGAUAACAUAUUAAAACACUCGCAUUCCGUUUUUCAAAAUAGGCGGGAAGAUGUAACAGACAUGAUCUGAAAAUUUAAACACAGAACACAAAUUAAAUACAAAUUGUAGUAGGUGAUUAUUACAAUAUUUGCAAUUGUAAAAAUUUUAAAAUAAAUAUCAAGUAUGGAUUCUGAAUUUCCUGAUCCAGAUGAAGAAUUUGAUUUAAUUCACGAGGAUGAAUAUGAACUUUUAAGAGAAAUUGAAGAAAUUGAAAAAGAAAAAGUAGUAGAACUUGGGAAAACUGAAACUUUACAAAAGUCUGAAAUUAUACAUAAAAAUGCAUCAAAUACUACAUCUAAUGUGUAUAAAGAAUUAAAUAAUCCAAUACCUAAUAAUACGCAUAAUGAUCUAUGUAUAUCUACCACUGGUAGAAACAUCGAAUUCAGAGACACUCCUGAAAUUGAUAUUACAAAAAAACGAGGCUAUGAUGAAAUUUUUGGUGAUAUUUCAGAUAUAUUAGAAAUAAAUGAUUUUGAGAACAACGAAAAACCAAAAGAAAAGAAACCACGAUGGGAUGAACCUCAGGAUGUAAUUAAAGCGGUAUUAGAUGCCAGAGAAAAAUACCAUGAGUUUAGUAGAGGAGUUUCUGUUAAAAGAAAUCAUAUCAAAGACACGAAGGAAUCUAUAUCGUUGAGAGUUCCUCGAUGGAAUUUUGUAGCUGUAACCAGACCACAUGAUGCGCAACGUAUAUAUGUUAGAAUAAAAGACGAUGAAAAGUAUAUGUUUAAAACAAAUACAAAUUUAAUUUCUAAUUUAUUAUCAGUACCAUAUAGUCAACUUAAAGCUGAAGCUGAAGAAAUCAUAGCAGAAAAUGUUAAACAUGCUAGUUUUGAAACUUUUGAAAAUCCUGUUGCCAAAGCCAUUGAAAAUGAUGAGCUAUGGGUUGAUAAGUACAAACCAAGAACAUACAUUGAAUUGCUUUCGGAUGAAAGUGUGAACAGAAAUUUACUACAUUGGAUAAAAUUGUGGGAUAAAGUAGUUUUUAAUCGAAAUUAUGUUCAGAGUAGGAAGGGAAAGUUACAAUCUAUAUUUAGAAAUAAAAAAUUUAAAAACGAAAAUUCUGAAGAAGUAGAUAAUAAAGGUUUCCCAACACAGAGAGUAGUACUGCUUAGUGGACCACCUGGAUUAGGAAAAACUACGUUAGCUCACUUAGCAGCUAAACACGCUGGCUAUAAUGUCGUAGAGAUUAAUGCAAGCGAUGAACGAAGUCCGGAUGCUUUUCGACAAGUUCUUCUUGCAUCGACACAAAUGAAAGCUGUGAUGGGUAGUGAUCCUCGACCAAAUUGCCUGAUUUUAGAUGAGAUUGAUGGAGCACCAGCUGCAUCGAUUGAUCUUUUAUUAAAGUUUGUACAAGGUAAACUAACUGUGAAAGGUAAAAAGGAUAAAAUGAAAACUGAUAAACAGUCGAAUGUUUGUCAUCGUCCUGUAAUAUGCAUUUGCAACGAACCAUAUACACCUUCGUUAAGAGCUCUUAGAGCUAUUGCUCUUAUUAUACCUGUACCAGAGGUAUCCCCUGCAAGGUUAGCAGAAAGGUUAAUGGAAAUAUCACACAAAGAACAUUUAAAAGUCAACCCUGAUGCUCUUUUGAAGUUAGUUGAAAUAUCUGGAUGUGACAUUAGAUCAUGUUUAGGAGCAUUACAAUAUAUGGGUGGUAUUCGUUUUGGAGACAAUUUAUCUUUUGCACUGAAAGACAGUCGAAAAGGAUUGUUUGACUCAUGGAAACAAAUAUUAACGAUACCUGUGAACAGAGGUGGAAUACUUCCCAUUUCAGAAAGAGUUCGUAUUGUUUUAAAGACUGUGCAAAGAGGAGAAACGGACAAACUAGCGCAGGGUAUAUUCCAUAAUUAUCCAGAAAUUUGUAGUGAAAAAUUAGGUUAUAUAGCUAUUUGUUUACAAUGGUUUCAAUUUUUUGAUGAAAUUUGUUCGCUCGUCACACACUUUCAAACUUGGUCUGUUAUGCCUUAUACGAACUAUGCAUUCGUUACUUGGCAUUUAUAUUUUGCUAAAGCGAGAAAUGCCAGAUUAUCUUAUCCUUCAAUUUUUUAUGAAGUAAAACAGAAAGAAGCGAAAAAUAUAGGUAUUCUAACGAGUGUUCAACGAAGCAGUGGUCGCGACAAUAUCGUGUUAUCAGUUGAUAUCAUACCUUUUUUACCCGAGUUAUUGUCUCCGCGAUUACGAACAAUUUCUGGACAUUUACAUUCCAGUAAAGAAAGAGAUGAUAUUGUUCGAAUAGUAAAUAUUCUGAUUGAAUUCGGGCUUACAUACGCACAAGAAAGAAAUCUUGAUGGAACUUACGAUUACAAACUAGAUCCCGAUAUCUUUGAAAUUGGCAUUUUCCCGGAAUGCAAACACCGUCGUACACUUGCUUAUGGAGUGAAACAAAUAAUUGUUCAGGAACUAGAAGCUGAACGAUUGCGACGAGCAGCAAAUGUGAUUAAAAAUGUAACGAAUUUAACUCAAUAUCAAGAUAAAAAUGGUUCAAAACAGAAUAUUACUGAAAAGUCUGUUGAAUCAAAAGUUGCCAUAAAAGAACAAAACAAUGCUUCUAGUCCAUCUAAUUGUACUGAACACGUGAACAAAAUUGAACCAAAAACAAAAGAAAUUAAAUAUAAGGAUUUCUUUGGAAGAAUUAUUACAGUGGAUCAAAAUAAACAAAAGAAGUCAGACAAUGAAUCCAUUAAUUCGCAUAGUUUUUUAACAAAACACGGUGUAUGGUACAAAUAUAAAGAAGGUUUCAGUAACGCUGUUCGCCGAACUAUAAAAAUGAAGGAACUUUUUUGAAUUAUUUUUAUAUAAAAAUGAAGACUAAAGAACUCAAGAAAAAGUGAAGGAAAAGCAAGAAUUUAUAAUUCAUAUUUCCUGCAUACAUAUAACAUGAGCUAUACUGUCAGCUGGUUAUGUCGCUUUAAAACUAUAUACAUAUGCCACGAUCGUUCAGUCCUAUUAGAAUUGACAGUGACUAAAAUGUGUAACUGUAAAAUUGGAUCCAGCCUGAGAGAGAGGAAAGAUAUUAGGGAAAUUUGUCUUGUUAGUCUUGCAACUAUAAACAUUAGAUCUAGAUCAUGUGAGCUAAGUGCUUCUUGGAAUUGGACUAUAACAAGAGUUAGAAACAAAAAAGUCUCUGUCUGUUCAUCAACUUAUCUAUUUCUAAUUUCUCUGUAAUAUAGAAAAAAAAGAGAUUAUUUACGUCGUAUGUAAAGUCAAGAAGUAACUUUCUUAAUAUUUUCCAUAAUAUUCAAUUGUUUUCAGACUUCUGUUGCUUUCCUUUCUUUUUAGAGUA